GAAGCCGGCUCUGCAGUCCUCCGGGCCGCUUUGCUUUUCCACCCUCCGGAGUUUGGAAACUUCUCAGCUCGAUGAAGGCGCAGCUCGGGGCGCGCUGAGGAGGAGGAGGAGUCGGUGCCGGUGGGGAGAUUCUCUUUACACCUUUGGGGCUGAUCACAACAGUGAAAGCCCUCCCGCUCUAAGGUGCAGGCUGAGGAUAAGGGAAGGGGCCUGAACAGCCCUCGGCAAACACAUCCCUUCCCCACCGAGAGCCGCCAUGGAGCAGAUCAGCUCCUUUUUCCACUCCAUUGGGACUUUCAUCCGCUCCAAGCAUCAGGAGGGCGUCUACAACACUGUCUGCCUGGCGGUGCUGAUGGCCCUGCCCGUCCUCGUCCUUCUUGCCAGCCUCAUCAUCUGCUGCCAUUGUUGUUGCUGCAGCCGGCGGCAGCAGCAGCGGCGAAAGGACAGCAGCAGUAGUGGUUCUUCCCAUGGGAAGAAAAGGAGGAAGAAGAAAGAAGAAGAUCUGUGGAUCUCAGCCCAGCCCAAACUGCUCCUGCUGGAAAAGAGGCCAUCCUUGCUGGUCUAGAGUGGAGGGAGGUCCACCAGAGCUGUACUCCUUCCCUCGGUUCGUAGGACUUUGGGACCACCCACGGCAACCAUGAGAAGAUGCCAGAACUGUCUCCCUGCCCUUUAAGGGUGACUUACAGGUUGUUUUUUUUCUAAAGGACUUUGGAAUGAAGGAACUAUGCAAAAACUGUCACUGAAAUGCACUGGAGGGUCCCUAGCUGGGCACACGUUUACCGUCUCACUGCUCAUGUGCUCCGGUGGCAUGACGUGCUACAACCCAUGCCAGCAUCCAGACUAAUCCAACAUGACCCUGUCUGUAAGGCUUGUUUUCCUGUUAUGACCGGGCAUCUGUGCUGUUCUGCUUAAAGACCUAGAUGCAAAGGAGAAUAUAUUUUUUUCCAGCCGUCUUGCACUGACACCUUUUGUGUCCGCUGGCAAACACAAUCACUGCCGCACAGACGUGUACAUGUUAGCAUGCACAGCCACCAUUUGCAUCCGGGUGCUAAAUCGGAUCUCGCACAGAUGAACAAGGGGGGCUUUGUGGAGAGAUAGGUCUUUUAACAGCCGCAACCACCACAGAUAAAUGGAAACUUCCCGGGUUCAGAGAUAGGAUAACUCUGAGCUCCAGUUGCAAGAAACUGGAGCCAUUGCCCCCUUGUGGGCUUCCUGAGCACAUGCAGCUGGUCACUGCUAAAGCAAAAACUCCCUCUUAUUCUUAUGUUUAAAUGGCAAGAGCCUCCUUACUAGACCCCCCCCCCCCGGCAACAAUCUGAUGUUGCCAACCCGGAACAGGAUA